UUUUCUGCAGCCCUGGCAUUUCCUUUUUCUCUUAUUCUGGCUCCCUGAACCCUACAAAGUUCCCAUCUUUCUCUCUAAAACCCAAAACAAUAUUCAUCAAUUUUCCCCUUCAAGCCAUUCUUUUCUUCUUCUUCUGAGAUGUCGGCGUCUAGGGUUUUGUCACGCGUCUCUUCGAGCGUGGGCCGACGGUCCUUGCUUCUCGUCUCUUCUACGAAGGAGCACCAGUUACCAAUCAUCUCCAAUCAGUUAAACUCUUUUGUUCAUGACACUCCUAAAACGUUUGUUGCAAGUCAGGUGUCGCAUUUUCAUCACUCGGCACUCAAUUCAUCCCUGUUUCACUGCUUUGGAUUCUCAACUGCAUCACCUGAACCUAAAGAAAAGGAACAAGGGAGUGCUACAGAAAAUAAUAGUGUCAAGUCUGGAGAUGCUAAAGCUUCUGAUACUGUAGAGGAUACAGGAAGAACAGAAGUUAAUGACCAAACAAAGGAAUCAGAUUCAGAAAGUGAGAGUGAUCUAUCAAGGGAGGAUUUGAUCAAACUUUUGAAGGAGAGAGAGGAACUUUUGAAAGCCAAGCACAAAGAUAUGGAGAAUAUGCAAGAUAAAGUUCUUCGUACUUAUGCAGAAAUGGAGAAUAUCAAGGACAGGACAAGACGUGAAGCAGAGAAUUCAAAAAAAUUUGCCAUUCAGAAUUUUGCGAAGAGUCUACUGGAUGUUUCAGACAAUUUGGGAAGAGCUUCUUCAGUUGUCAAAGAAAGCUUCUCAAAGAUUGACUCCUCUAAUGAUGCUACUGGUUCAGCACAACUUCUAAAAUCGCUUCUUGAAGGUGUUGAAAUGACUGAGAAACAGUUGGGAGAGGUAUUUAAAAAGUUUGGAUUAGAGAAAUUUGAUCCUACAAACGAGCCAUUUGAUCCACACCGGCAUAAUGCAGUGUUCCAAGUACCAGAUAAUACCAAGGCACCGGGGACAGUUGCUCAUGUUCUGAAGUCAGGAUACACUCUCUAUGAAAGAGUUAUUAGGCCGGCUGAAGUUGGCGUUACUCAAGCAGUGGAAGAUAAUGUUGCUGAGAACAAUGAGGCUUGAAGAUAAAAAAUCUCCACUGCCUGAAGGUAUGGCUUAGUGUACCCGCACAACAUAUCAUCAAAAAAUUUUGCUUUUGCCCUUCUGAGAAAGCUGAAUUAUAAGGGGGUUUCUCUUUAACUGACUUCCAGCACAGUAUACCGGACAUUAUUUUUUUUUUGUACUCUACAUUUUUUUUUUUUUGUUGCUUAGCAAUAAAUUAUGAUGCUGCAACAUUGCGUCAUGUGCAUUAUAAACUGUUCUUUUUCCAUAUUACAGUUUUGAGCUUGAUGGACA